AUGUACAAAGACGCGCUCAAUCCGCUUUUUCAAGUCGCAAGUCGCCACCAUGUUGGCCGUGUCUGGACUGGAAACCAGACUGAAAACGCGGUAAUGUCAGCGGGGUGUCCCAUUAGUUCCAGUUUUAGGCGGCCCGUGGAUAAAAUGGCGGAGUUCAAUGUGUUUUCUGCUGUAUUUCUGGGUGCUAUUGCAGCUUUUAUCGGGGUCAUUACGUUCCUCGUGUACAAGCUGAGAAUCUUGCAUAAGUACAUUUACAAGCUUGAUGAAAACAGUAACAGACAUGGUGGGGAGUUGGUUGGUGAAGUUUUACAAUCCCAUGGGGUCAAGUUUGUCUUCACGCUGUGUGGUGGCCACAUUUCCCCAAUUUUGGUUUCAUGUCAAAAUCUAGGAAUCAGAGUUGUUGACACAAGACAUGAGGUCACAGCUGUAUUUGCAGCGGAUGCUGUUGCAAGGUUAUCGGGUGUUGUAGGCGUGGCUGCAGUCACUGCUGGGCCUGGUUUAACCAAUACAGUUACAGCUGUGAAAAAUGCACAAAUGGCAGAAUCACCUGUCCUAUUGUUAGGUGGGGCAGCAGCUACCUUGCUCAAGGGACGAGGAGCACUGCAAGAUAUUGAUCAGAUGAGUCUGUUUAAACCCUUAUGUAAAUACUGUGCGACAGUUACAAGGGUAGCUGACAUUGUGCCAGUUUUAAGAAAGGCCAUUCAGAUUGCACAGUCAGGAACACCAGGUCCUGUGUUUGUAGAGUUCCCUAUUGAUACACUUUAUCCUUAUCCUCUGGUGAAAAAAGAGUCUGGGGUUAAGGAUGAUCCUCAUGGAUUGUCUCAACGCUUAGUAAAUUGGUAUAUUACUAACCACCUUCAUGGCUUGUUUGCUGGAGCCUGGGACCCUCAAACUAAAGAUCCAUUACCAGUCGACAUUCCACUGCCAAUUGCAUCACAGGUUGAUGAAUGUGUGAAACUAGUGUCCAAGUCCACUCGGCCAGUAAUUAUAUUAGGAAGUCAGUCUACAUUGCCUCCAGUUCCAGCUGAUCAACUCAGGCAAGCUUUAGAGGCACUAGGUGUCCCUUGUUUCCUGGGAGGCAUGGCUCGUGGUCUGCUGGGAAGAAAUAGUAAUCUUCAUAUACGGCAACGGAGAAGAGAUGCCUUAAAAGAGGCAGAUCUUGUUAUUUUAGCAGGUACUGUUUGUGACUUUAGGUUAUCUUAUGGUAGAGUACUGAACAGAAAAUCCAAGAUCAUUGCAGUGAAUAGGAACAAAAGCCAACUUUUCAAGAAUUCAGAUAUGUUUUGGAAGCCCACAGUUGCUAUUCAAGGUGAUCCUGCCUCUUUCUUGACAUCACUUUCUAAGGGUCUCAAAGGAUACAACUGUCCUGGAGAUUGGGUGGACGCACUGAAAGAAAGAGACAUUGAAAAAGAGAAAGCUAACAGUCUCAAGUCACAGGAAUCUCUCAAGCAGCAUUUGAAUCCACUGAAGCUGUUGUACAACCUGGAAAAUGUCAUGUCCAAUGACAGCAUCAUCGUGGCUGAUGGAGGAGACUUUGUAGGCACAGCAGCGUACAUCUUGAGGCCACGUGGUCCCUUGACAUGGUUGGAUCCAGGUGCAUUUGGUACCCUUGGGGUGGGCGGGGGCUUUGCCCUGGGGGCCAAGCUCUGUCGUCCAGAAUCAGAAGUCUGGGUUAUUUACGGAGAUGGUUCUUUGGGUUACAGUGUAGCAGAGUUUGAUACUUUUACAAGGCAUAAGACUCCAGUUAUUGCCCUGGUGGGUAAUGAUGCCUGCUGGUCUCAGAUUGCUCGGGAGCAAGUGCCGAUGUUUGGUUCAAGUAUAGGAUGUGACUUAGAGUUCACAGAUUAUCACAUAGUCGCUGACGGUUAUGGAGGUAAAGGCAUACUGCUCAGUGAUCCAUCCACCAGUGAAAUUGACACGACGCUAACUCAAGCUCAAGACAUAGCAAGGGAUGGCACUGCCGUUCUGAUUAAUGCACUGAUUGGAAAAACUGACUUUAGACAGGGUUCAAUUUCAGUGUAAUCUUCAAUUACACACUAUUGUCUGGUUAGGGUAUUUUCAUGUCAAAUUAAUAUUUAGAAUCUGUUCAAUUCUCUUAAUUGGAAAAAUAAUUAGGUGGUCACCAUCAUCAAACAUUUUGUAUAACAAUUUAUAUUGACAGCUUAACAGGUGUAGCAUAUUUCAGUUUAAUGUAAGAUUUGGUUAAUGUUGUAUUUUCCAUCUUUUUUCAACUGUGAGCAAUAGUCUGUAUGCACUUGUCUAUUAUGCUGUUUUUUUUUUAAUGAGCAUGAUUCUCCAUGGAUCACAAAAAUUUUUGAUCCAUGCUCAAAAUCUUGCAGAUCAUCCUUUAAUUUGCAAGGAGUCACUAAGUCUCAUUUUUGUGCAUUUCUUCUGUGUCACAGUCUAAGAUUGUUUAUAAAUCGCAGUCUUGGAUUUUUAAAUAAAGAUCUCGGACUCUUGGCAAGUCUGGGAUUUUACCAUAGUUUCAAUCAUUUUUAAUAAUUAUUAGUCCUUUACUGAUCAUUACUGGAUUGAAACACUUGACAUUUAAAUAAUACUUUAUAAAUAAGACUUUACUUCCUUCAGGGUGUGUCUUCAUGGCAAUAGGCUAUUUCUUAAGUUGCCUGUUGUCUCCAAGGCAAAACAAGUCUUUGCAAAACCAUUCAUAGUGAUAGCAGGUUCAUUGCAUAUUUCCAGAGAACUCAAAUUUCUAUUAAAAAUAAUGCUUGUACCAUUUGUAAUGUUUGGGAAUUGGAUGAAAUACUGCUUCUUGUGUUUGAUGUAUUACAAGUUAGAAGUAUAUUGUUACUGGUAGUUAGAGUUCAACAAUUGGGUGGGAUAUUAUUGAUAUUAGAAAUGUAUUCUAAGUGUUAGAAAUGUAUGCUAAGCAAAAUAUUAGUGGCACACGGUAAUUUGAAAAUGUAUAAGAAUCACUAUUUAAUAAAUAGUUCAUAAAUUAUGAUCAUAAAAAAGCAAUGCAUUUUGUGUAAUGAGGUGCAUUAUUUGUCUGCUGGAGGUAAAAGACAAAUAAAACAAAUUGACAAA